UGCAUGUGCGCCUAACUGAUCAGAAUUCUCAAUAAAUAGGCUAACUUGCAUUACUCCAAAGUGCACCUAAAUCUUAAUUUGUAGCAAUGGAUGUUCAAAGCAACUUCCUGAUGAUUACUAGCGCCAAUGAAUCUCCCAUCAAUAGUCAGACGGGCAGUUACACCCAAACCAAAAUCAAGCGCUCUGAUUUUCCCGAUGAUUUUGCAUUUGGUGCUGCAACUUCAGCUUAUCAGAUUGAAGGUGGAUGGAACGCAGGAACUAAAGGCAUUAGUAACUGGGAUGCUUUCACACAGAAACAACCUGGUGGUAUUUCUGACAGUAGCAAUGGUUGUGUUGCCAUUGAUCACUAUAAUAUGUUCAGGGAAGAUGUGGUUUUGAUGAAGAAAUUGGGUUUGAAUUCAUACAGAUUUUCGAUCGCGUGGUCUAGAAUCUUUCCAGGAGGAAGAUUAAGUACCGGCUUAUGCAAAGAAGGAAUUCAAUUCUAUAACAAUCUCAUUGACGCACUAUUGGCAGUGGGCAUUGAGCCAUAUGCAACUAUCUUUCACUGGGAUGUUCCCCAAUGUUUGGAAGAAGAGUACGGUGGCUUCCUAUGUGACAAAAUUGUGAAGGAUUUUUGUGAAUUUGCUGAGAUUUGCUUCUGGGAGUUCGGAGAUCGAGUGAAAUACUGGAUCACGCUGAAUGAGCCAUGGUCGUUUAGUGUUUCUGGAUAUGUGAUUGGCACUUUCCCACCUAAUCGCGGUAAAGCUCCAACUACUACAGGAGAGGCUAAAAGGCAUUCUUGUCUUCAUAGAUGUUCAUUUAGAUCUCAAAUUGCUUGCAAGAAUGGAGAUCCAGGCAAAGAACCAUAUAUUGUGGCACAUCAUUUGCUCCUCUCUCAUGCUUAUGCAGUGGAUAUAUAUAGGAGAAAAUAUCAGGAAAGUCAAGGAGGUAAGAUAGGGAUGACAAAUUGCAUUCAGUGGUACGAGCCUCUUACUGACUCUCAAGAAGAUCAAGAUGCUGCCACCAGAGGAAAUGAUUUUAUGCUUGGAUGGUUUGUAGAACCGAUAGUAACUGGAGACUAUCCAGAAAGUAUGAUUAAAAAUGUUGGUGAUCGUCUACCAAAAUUUACAGAAAAAGAGGAGAAGCUAGUGAAAGGAUCAUACGACUUUUUAGGCAUAAACUAUUACACGGCCACUUAUGCCACCAAUGAUUCAACAAAACCAACAACUCAUAGUUAUCUCACUGAUUUGCACGUCUCACCUUCAACUGAACGUAAUAAGGUGCCCAUUGGUGCAAAGGCUGGUUCUGAUUGGUUGUAUAUAGUUCCAUGGGGAAUUCAAAAGCUCAUGCUUGAUAUGAAGAAGAGAUAUAAUGAUCCGGUCAUUUAUAUUACGGAGAAUGGAGUGGACGAAGUGAAUGAUAAGUCCCAAACUUCUACACAGGCUCUCUCUGAUGAGAUAAGGAUUCACUAUCACCAAGAACAUCUCUACAACCUUAAGCAAGCAAUGAACCAAGGUGUAAAAGUGAAGGGUUACUUCAUAUGGUCUUUGUUUGACAAUUUUGAAUGGGCUGCGGGAUAUAGCGUCAGAUUUGGCAUUUUUUAUAUAAACUUUGCGGAUGGCCAGUUUACAAGGUUGCCAAAAGACUCAGCUGUAUGGUGGAGAAAUUUUCUAAGCAAGACAGCUGUAAUUCCAUUGGAGAAAGAAGCUCAAAAACCCGAAGAACGUCGUAAAAGGCUAAGAAGCGGCUAAUUAAGCUUAUAAAAAUUAGUGCUUCCUUAAUGUUACGUUGAAUAAUGCACUGUUUGCAGAUGUUGCUCUUAGUUUGUUUCCUAUUUUUCUUUUUUAUGGGUUUGAUUAGCCCUAUUUCAAGUUGCACUUGUUAUGUUCAAAUAAAAAGACCUGGCCAGUGAGGUUUCAUCUCAAACUUUGUUUUGA